AUGUCUACGCUGGAACAAGGCCAGUCCUUUUCUUUACCUGCAGACGAACCUGAUCUGAUACGGCGGAAACAGGUCAGAGAUGCCCAGCGCGCCUACCGGUUUCGCCAGAAGUCGCUUGUCGAUUCACUUAAAUAUCGUGUCUCUCAUCUAGAGCAUACUCUCGAUAACAUCAAACAGGCCGUUAGUGCCGUCAAUGGGCAAGUUGUCCAGUCCAAGGACUCUCCGCCACCGCCGAAGCUCAUGCAAACCCUCGAUUUCCUCUGCCAGCAAAUAUCCAUGCAGAUAGAACAAUCCAAACGAACAAAGGAUGCUACGGGCGAUAAUUCGUGCGAUGGCGGCGCUGGUGGUGGAGCGGAGUUCGACAAGAAACUAAAGGGCCUUUUAUCACAGCCUGAUUCCCCCCCGCCGACUUCACCAACACGAAACUCGCGUUCGCAAUUACCCAUCAUCUGGGACCAUAAAGAUCCGGCGUCCGACUUCUGGCCUCUUUUUUUUGGUUCGAACAAUGCGCUGCUCCCUUCUAUCGCACCAUUCACCGCUACCAACAGCACCAACUCCCUACUCGCCCCAAAUUACUACGGAGACAUCCCCUAUCGAACCAUACAAUAUCCAGCCUCGCCUUUCACACAGAAAGUCUAUUAUGCUUGCGCACAAAGUGGUCAUCGAUUUCUCUGCGAUCUUCGUUUGACAGACAAACAGAUCUGGCCAGAAUUCGGCCUUGUUCUUGAACAUGUCCCGCGCUACGAAAUAAUAUCUUAUUUUCAACGCGUUCUCGAAGAAAGCCCCUGUGCUCCGGUUGAAGAUCACCGAUUUCCAUUUAUUAGUCUAGGAGGUGCUGGGACUCAUUUCCUACCGGCCUCUCCAGUUGGCGCACACCAGUCGCCAGGAUUGCAACGGUUUCAGAUGACGAAUGGCGUGUGGGAAAUAGGCUGCCAGGAAGAAUAUUUUGAUGUUGAAGAUGUGGAAAGGUAUCUAAACUUCAAUGGCAUUCGCUUGUCAGGCCAAAAGAACUUCUCGAGUACAUUUGACCCCGAUACGAGUGAAUUGACCGGGAGCGAUAUUAUUGACCCCCGUCCAAUCAACGCUACCAAUCCCGUACUGUUUGUUGAGGAGCAGAUAUUGAUUGAAGGUAUUUUACCAUUCUAUGCUUGA